UUUUGUUUACUGGUGUAUGUAGGGCCCACGACAUUUCAUCUGUUUGAAUCUAAUUAAAGUAACGCCUCUAUAAGUAGGCCUAUAUGCAAGCAAACGAGCUCAAACCAAAGUAAACAAGUUCUUCUCAGAGCACCAUUAUUUACUCAUUAUUACAAGAAAUGGGAGUUAGUGGAACUUUUGACUACUUGUCUGAUCUAAUGAGCAGUGGUCACCAGCAUCUCAAGAAGAAGAAGAAGCAGUUACAAACUGUAGAGCUUAAGGUUAGAAUGGACUGUGAUGGCUGUGAGCUUAAGGUCAAGAAAACCCUUUCUUCUCUAAGUGGGGUAAAAUCGGUAGAGAUAAACCGUAAACAGCAAAAAGUAACUGUAACUGGGUUUGUGGAGCCAAACAAGGUGCUAAAGAAGGCUAAGUCAACGGGGAAGAAGGCUGAAAUUUGGCCUUAUGUACCUUACAACUUGGUGGCUCAACCAUAUGCUGUUUCUUCUUAUGACAAGAGGGCUCCUCCUGGUUAUGUGAGAAGAGUGGAGAAUGCUCCAACCACUGGAACCAUGACAAGAUAUGAAGAUCCUUAUGUCAACAUGUUCAGUGAUGAAAACCCAAAUGCAUGUUCUAUCAUGUAAACAAAAAAAAAUGUUUUUUUUCUAAGCUUGGCACUGUAAAUUUUCAUAUUUUAAUCUAGUGUGUUGUUUCAUUUUUCUUGUUUACUUUUUCUGGUUCUGGUCAAUUUUCAAGCUCUUGUUUCCCUAGAUUAAGGACGUUUCUUUACAUGAAAAAGGAUGAGAAGAGACGUUGCUGUUA